AUGUACCUGAUCACUGUGUUUGGACACCUGCUCAUCAUCCUGGCCGUCAGCUCAGAUCCCCACCUCCACACCCCCAUGUACUUCUUCCUCUCCAACCUGUCCUUUGUAGACAUCUGCUUCACCUCCACCACCAUCCCAAAGAUGCUGGUGAAUAUACAGACAGAGAGCAAAGGUAUAACUUAUGAAGGCUGCAUCAUCCAGAUGCAUUUUUUCACACUCUUUAUAGGACUGGACAUCUUCCUCCUGACUGUGAUGGCCUAUGACCGUUUUGUGGCCAUCUGCCGUCCUCUGCACUACACAGUCAUCAUGAACCCCCGGCUCUGUGGACUGCUGGUGCUGGUGUCCUGGCUCUCCGUGGUCUCCUUAUUUUAUUGUACUGGCAUAGGAGUGUACCUUAGCUCUGCUGCUUCCCACAGCUCACACUCGAGCGCAACAGCCUCAGUGAUGUACACCGUGGUCACACCCAUGCUGAACCCUUUCAUCUAUAGUCUGAGAAAUAACGAGUUAAAGAGGAGUCUGAAAAUACUCUUUGGGAAGGAAACUAUAAAACAGCCUAUUGUCCUAGGGCCUAAGAAAUGCCCACGACAGUAG